AUUCUGUACAAGAACUUCUGUAGGAAAAUAUUCCUAGGAAAUACUUUCUCAGUGGGUACUUCCUUGAAAACCAGUCUUUUGUAUACUGCCAAAAUGUCAGUAAAAAGCGACAAUAUGAGAGCUGUGAAAACUGACACUGAUAGUCAUCUUGGUGAAGAUGACGAGAGCAUUACUGCUGAAAACGAUUUGUUGCCUUUAACAGAAGACAGCUGUGAAGUAGAAAUAAAAGAAGUUCUACAGAGUGUAAUUGAAAAGUUGUUGGACAAAUUCCCAGAGACAGAAAUGAAAAGAAACAGUACUCAAACGAUUUCGCCCAUUGAAAUUCAUUCGAAGAUGGAUUUGAACAGAAAAGAAUCUUCUAACAUCGAAGAAAACGGCAUAGAUUUACUAAAAUCUGGUGUGAUGCAGCUACAAGAGAAUUUAAAAAGAUUAAAUAAUCAGUUAAGUUUGCAUUCUAUGCAACAAAAUGAGUCUGAGAUAAAGUUAUCAGCAUUAGAAAUAAGAGUUGAUAAACUUGAACAAAAUAUAGAACAACUUUCAAAUCAUAAUCGUUCAAAUAUCUGCUUCCAGGACAAAAUAACCAUUGAGAAAAAGGAUUCACUAGCAAGAAAUUCAAUUGGGACGUUUUCCGACAAUUUAAUAAAAACUGAAAAAAGAUCUGAAAUUGAAAAAUCCUUCAACAGUAAAUUACGUUCAGGAAUCAAAGACACAGCAAGAAUUCUGUCACAUGAAAAUGAUUAUAAUGAUAGAACAGAUGAUGACGAGAAACAAUGGUAUAUGCUCCAGCUGGAGGAUAUUAAACGCUUGCCACUUGAUGAAAUAAUUCAACGCAUCUUAAAUUGAAUCUCUUCAAGACGAAUAUGGAGUGUAUUGAAUUCAAAAUAAGGGUAUUUUACAGGUUAUAUUUCUGUAAUUAAGAGAUUUUUAAAGUUUCAUUCACACUUUAACGUUUGUUUAUGAAUUCUUGUAAAGUACUAUUUGUUGACAAAAGUCAUAAACAUUUUCCAUUGA